GGUGUCCAGCUCCUGCGCCUUGGAUCACGUGGCGGAGACUGGCUCACUCACACACACACACACACGCACGUACACAAGGUAGUUUCGUGUCGUAAGUGCUUCUCUUUUGUUUGUAGCGUUCUACAUAUUUACUGCUGAGUCUUCUCUUCUUAUUCGCCAACAUUUGUUCAGUGAAACGUUGUCUGGAUGUUCAUUCCAUUCAUUUUUGUUUAUACAUUUUGCUGAACAGUCCUCCGUCACCGCCUUGGCGUCAAGCUGUUGUUGGUUUUUCUAUUUAUUUUUCCUCCUCUUUCCCCCCAAACGGUCUCUUUUACGAGCCUCUACCUCACCAUGUUCUACACCUACGCGGAUAAGCAAGGCGAAAGCCUCUUUGGCAGCUGGCAGCUCCGACAGGUCGCCUUCGACACCAUGCGACGCUACCUGUAUUACUCCGAGCCUACCCGAGAUGCAUUUCCCCUCACGCACAACAACGCGAGCUCGAGCGUCACUGCCAGCGCAGCAGACAACGGCAUCAACACACCCACAGCAGCGGCAGCAGCGUCGUCGCAGCCUUCGAGUACGACGGAGCGAGAGAGCGAAGCAGCAGCAGCUGCUGCUGCGGCGGAAGCGGCCACUGACCCUAACAGUUUCCCGUCGAAACUGGUGUGGAAGCGGAAGAUGAAAGUGACGGCGGUGGUGCCGGUCGCUACUCGCGCCAGCUUUGUGCAACGUACGGCGAAUGAGCGAGACUUGUAUCAGCUGGAGAUAAAAGGCGAGUCGCGCCCGCUUGCCACGGGCGAGUACCCCUCUGCCGGACCGCUUCUUUGUCCCUCCGCGGGGCUCUCCAGGCUGGAACGGGCGCGGUGCAACGCCAAUAACGCUGCCUACAUCCGCGACCCCUUCUUCCUGAAAGAGUUGUUCGACGCCUUGCGAGAUCAAUUUGAGGAGAUGACGAAGGCAAAGGUGUGUGCUGCUGCGGAGAGCGGAGCGAGCGACGGAGGCAACGCGGAGCCGGUCGAUUUCGGAGUACAAACGUUGGUCAGCCCACGAAGACAGAAGACCGUGGCCGGAGUGGAUGCGGCGACGGUGUCGGUGCGUGUGGUGCUCCGCUGCCGCGACGAGCGUGAGUUUCGCCGGCUCUGGUACGUCUUGCAAACCGUUCUGGGCUACGACAAGCUGAUUGUCCGCCCCUAUCGUGGGCUGCCCCCGUAUGACCCACGUAACGGUGUUGCCUUCGCGCACAUUCCCAUGGCGGUGUGGCAUACCUUUAAAGCGCUGGACAAGGCCGUCUUCUACACCUUCAUGCGGGGUAACUUCUACGCACUGGAGAGCACGGGGGAUGCAGUCACGGCGGCAGUGCCGAAGCUGAAACGAGUGCUGGAGGGCGCCUACCUCUGCAUCACCCACGACUCCGUUCUGUGCAUGCGGGAGUCGGGAAGCAUCCCCCGCUGGCUGCGGCUGGCCGAGGUGCAGGACUUCCACUGGGACGUCGUGUCGAGGGACAACCGAGUCAACACGGCGACGCCGUUCUGCGCCUUCCUGUCCGACGCACCGAUUCCCGAUCUCUUCUUCGAACCCACGGCGCCGGCGUACGGGGCGGAUGCGAUCGCCUCCUACGACCCCCUCGUCGAUGUGCGCCGCGUUGCGAGUGUGAUCCACGACACGUGCUUUGCCUCCUACAACACACGCCGCGUCAUCCGCAUCAAGGAGGUGCCGGAUGCGUCCAUCGAGGCCUACGUCGGUCGCAUGGUGCGGGAGGGCACUCGCCUGCCCGGCCUGCAGACCGGCAGCGGCCACAACAGCACCCUCAGCUGCCCGCUUCCGAAGGAGCAGCUGGCCGUGGUGUGGCAGCAGGUGCAGUCGGAGCUGCUGGAGCGGGGCAACAUGGCGAACAGAGCCGCCAUCCCGAUUUACCGCACCAACGCCCGCGAUGUGGAGCUGUCGGAGGAUCAGCUCUCCACCGUGGAGCGCGAGCUGGAGGAGGAGCGGGAGCGGCGCGACGAAGUCGUCGGGAUGCCGCUGGAGCGCGCACGGCAACUCGAGCGGCGUCGCCGGGCUGUGGUGGAGAACGCAAAUGCGCACCGCACCCGGCCGCGACACCGUGACGUGGUCAGUGGUAGCGGUGGCGGCGGUGGACUGCGUGCCGCCGCCACUGUCCCUGUGCAGACGUCCAACAAUGGGUCCAGCAACCCUGCCAGCGGGGCAGCAACCACCCCUACCACCACCAACACCACCACCAUCACACAGGUCAUGCCCUUGACGAUGGAACUCUUGCAGACGCCACAGCUGCAGGGGCAGUUCGCGACCACCGUCACCCGGCUUGCACACCAAGGCGGCGACCCCAGCGGCAGCGGUAGCAAAAGUGAGCGAAGCAGCCAGACGGAGUCCACCGCGGUGGGGAGCGACUACUCGAGCUACGUCGUGCCCGGUGCGCGAUACCUGACGCAGGAGGAGUGGCAGAGCGGCGGUUACGCAUCGCCUGUCUCGUCUGUGCCUGCGGUGCACGACACACCAACGACGGCCGCGGGUGCUGCUCCUACACUUUCUGUGACAAUGUCCACAGCGCCAGCCGCAUCGAGUAGGAAUGCGGUGACGACUCCUACCACGGGGCGUGCACAAGCUGGCGCGCCACAUCGCAAUAGCAAUACUUCCGGCUUUGUGGAGGAGAUGAGCAGCGGUGGAGACUUCGAGAGGACGACUAACGCGCCGGAGGGAGGCGCAGCACGGCACCGCUACGCAGAGGAGCGCACCAUCAACGAGAUCGUGAACCGCAGUAUGGCAGCCCUCGACGGCAGCCGCGCUGACCUCGAUCAAAUGGAUCGGAAGAAGGAGGGAAGGGGCAGUCGCGAGAAACCAACUCCUUCGUGA